UGUUGUUGGUGUGAGUGCAGCCAGCACAGCCGGAGCGGCUGUUUCAGUGAGAGCGACGCGCUGCGAGGAGGGUUAGGUUUGCUCCUCUCCGCACUUUGACGUCCUCGCGCAGUGGGAGGAAGGCAGGGGAGCUGCGCAGCCACGCAGGCUGUACUCUGAAGUGUCCUCCAACAUUUUCUCUCCAGCAGCAGAAAAAAAGAAAGGAAGAAAGAAAAGGCGCUCCCCGAAGCUUUACGCGCGCUCCCAUGUAGUCCCGCUGUUCGAGCAGCAGAGGAGGCGGACGGGAGACGGAGAGGACUUGUUGCGCGUCUCCGGGGGACGCAUCAGUUCAGCUUUCAUCCAAGUGUGUCUGCGCGCGCAUGUGAUGCUCUGAUUGGAGCGGGCAUGGACUGUGGAGAUCAGCUCCGACUAACAGCCUGAAGUCAGCGCGGAUUUGUGCUCAGCGACUGAGAGACUCUGCUCACAAUCAAGGAAACCGGGGUGCUUAGUUUCCUCCAGGCGGACAGAGCUGCUGCUGCUGUCGGUGCUGAAGACAGGACUCGUUUCAUCAUUAAAUGGCAUCCAGGCACAGCAGAGGCAAACUUUAUUCGGGUCAGAUCCGACGAGUUGAUUAAUUUUCCCUCUCAAAUUACUUUUAAAUCAACUCCUCCGUAUCCUCGUCGACAUGUCUGAGCGUGAUGGAUGUGGAGAUGGGCUGUGCAGCGACGAAGCGCCCGACUAUAUUCCACAGAGAGCGCCCCGCGGUCGGCGCAGCGGUGUCAUCCUCCCCGGCGGCGGCGGCGGCCAGGACACUGAUACCAUCCUGCUGGAGUCGGUGAAGGCGGCACCUCGCCGGAGCAGCAUCAUUAAGGACCCCUCAGUACAAAAGGUGGGCGGAGGCAGGAAGAAGACGGUGUCCUUCAGUAGCAUGCCCUCUGAAAAGAAGGUCAGCAGUGCAGCCGACUGUUUGGCGUUCAUGCAGGGAGGGUGUGAACUGAAGAAGAUCCGGCCCAAUUCUAGGGUUUACUGUCGUUUUUACACACUGGAUCCAGACUUGAGCUGCUUACGCUGGGAGCCAUCCAAGAAAGAUGGAGACCGGGCUCGGCUUGACGUUUCCAGCAUUCGUGAGGUCCGCACUGGGAAGAGCACCGAGACCUUCCUCCACAAUGGCCCUCUCUCCGAACAUCUGGCUGAAGAAGCAGCCUUCUCUAUCAUACAUGGAGAUGACUACCAGUCUCUAGACUUGGUGGCAUUGUCAGCUGAUGUGGCCAACAUCUGGGUAACAGGUCUUCGUUACCUGCUGGCUCAUCCUUCCAUCGUAGGAGGGGCUGGGGGAGGUGUAGCAGGAGGAGGACCGGGUGAAGGAGGGGGGGUGGCCGUUGAAGGAAGCCUGGGAAGCAAGAUGAGGAGUGAGUGGCUGACAGCAGAGUUUGCCCAGGUCGAUGAAGAUGGUUACGGGAUCGUGUCAGAGGACGUAGCAGUCGCCACCAUCUGUAAACUGUGCCCUGGUAUCAAGGAGGCCAAGGUGCGUCUCCGUUUCAAGGAGAUCCAGCGCAGCAAGGAAAAGCUGACCUCCCACGUGACACGUGAGGAAUUUGAGGAAGCCUUCUGCGAGCUUUGCACACGGCCAGAUGUCUACUUCCUAAUGGUGCAACUGUCCAAAGACCGCGAGUGUCUGGACCCUCAGGACCUCCGGCUCUUCUUGGAGACAGAGCAGGGUUUGUCUCUGGCUACCACUGAGGGCUGCUGGGAACUACUGAGGCGUUAUGAGCCCUCUGCCCAAGGCAAGGAGAGAGGGCUGCUGGGUCUGGAUGGAUUUGCCCGCUACCUGCAGUCUCCGGAAUGCCAGCUGCUUGACCCAGAACAGCUAGGGGUUUGCCAGGAUAUGAACAUGCCUCUGUCCCACUACUACAUCAGCACCUCAUACCGCUCCUACCUGUUGGAUGACCAGGUCCAUGGAAGAGCAGAUCUUGGAGGACUGAUCAAGGCCUUGCAGUCUGGUUGCAGAUGCCUGGAGUUGGGAGUAACUGAUGGCCCAGAGGGGGAGCCUUUGCUCGGGGUCGACUGUGGGCCUGAUAUCCCACGGCACCAUCAUCAUCACCACCAUCACCACCACCAUUCACCAGUCACUAUCCGCUCUGCUCUGGAGGUGGUCAAUAAAUACGCCUUCCUGACCUCUCAGUACCCUCUUUUGUUGUACCUGUGUCACCGUUGCUCCCCAGACCAGCAGCACACCAUGGCACAGCACUUGAGGAAGGUGUUCGGAUCACGUCUUUACACUCCAGAAGCCCUGCCGGUCAGCCUGGGAGGACGAGCUACAACCUUACCCUCGCCUGAACAACUUAAGGGACGCAUUGUUAUAGUGGGGAAGAAACUCCCUCCAGACCAUGAAGGCUGUGAUGGGGAAGUGUCUGAGGAAGAUGAGGAGAUAGGCGGAGGUGGACCUCUGGCAGGAAGAAGAAUGACAAUACCUGGUGAGGAGGAACUGGGUGUGGUCUUGGUGGUGCCUCCACCCUCUCAACCUAGGAAGCUCCGUCUCCACAAAGAGCUGUCAGACCUGGUGGCUAUUGCUCGAACUGGAAGUCGUAGCUUCUAUGCCCAGCGAGCCAGUCACAAGCAGGCUCAGCAGCAGACUCCCCCCAGUAGUCCAUCCUCUCCCAGCACACCGGUGGCUCCCGAGCUGCCUUACUGGACACUGUGCUCUUUAGGCGAAGGAGAAGCUGGACGGCUGACCAGUGAAAGCCCAGAGGACCUUGUUAUGUUUACCAAGCGCACCCUAACCAGAGUACGACCCAGCUCCGUGCGUCUGGACUCCAGCAACCCUAACCCACAAGGGUACUGGAAAGGAGGAGUCCAACUUGUGGCCUUGAAUCAACAGACCCCUGGCGCAAUGUUGGACCUUCACCGAGGCCGCUUCACACAGAACGGAGGCUGUGGUUAUGUUCUCCGACCUGCCGUGAUGCGGGAUGAAGUGUCGUAUUUCAGUGCCCACACGCAGGGCUGCGUGCCAGGUGUCCCACCUCAGACCCUUCGUAUUAAGAUUAUCAGUGCCCAUAACCUACCCAAGCCCCAGGGUUCAGGGGCUAAAGGAGAGGUUAUUGACCCAUAUGUGGUUCUGGAGCUGCAUGGAGUACCAGCUGACUGUGCUGAGCAGCGGACUCGCACUGCUGCUCAGAACCAGGAUGACCCACUGUUUGAUGAGACGUUCGAGUUUCAAGUAAAUAUGCCCGAGCUGGCCUUGCUGCGUUUUGUGGUAUUAGAUGAUGACUACAUCGGAGAUGAUUUCAUCGGCCAGUACAGCGUGGCCUUCGAGUGCCUUCAGCCUGGCUACCGUAAUGUGCCCCUGCUGGGCCUGGCAGGAGACCCCUUACCUCACACCAGCCUGUUUGUCCACGUGGCAAUCACCAACCGCCGAGGAGGCGGGAAGGCCCAGCGGCGAGGUCUUUCGGUGCGGAGGGUGGGGAGACGGGGGAGAGAGUACGUCACACUGAGGCACACUGGUAUCAAGGUAGUGGAUGAGACUUUUAAGUCAGCCGGUGGCCCUCUCAAAGAAGCGACGGACCUGCGGGAGGAUGCUCAGAGCACCACAGCCAGUUUCAAAGAGCAGUGUGGGCUCCCCACGGUGGCCAAACUGAAGCAGUGCAUCCAGACCUUGGGCACGAGGCUACAGAGUCCUGAGGGCACUAUGGGGGCCACCAUGGUUCUGAAGGAUGGCUAUCCACGUCUGGAGCCCCUGCUCGGCCUCUCGGAACCAACUCGCAAACUGCUCGCUGCUUAUGAAACGAUGAUUGCUGCCCAGAAACAGCUGAUCGAGAAUGCUGAUGCAGUACAGGAGAGGAUCGCUCAGGUGCAGAGGGAAGGAAUGGACUUCCAUGAGGAUCUCUCUCGGCUUGGAGAGAAGGAAGGACUAAAGGGUCGCAAGCUUAACAAAGCCGUGGAGAGUUUCACCUGGAACAUUACUGUACUUAAGGGACAGAGCGAUCUGUUACGUGGGGCUAAGAUGGAUUCUCUGGAUGCCCUGAGGCAGCUGGCUCUGGCCUGUGAAGCCUGUGGACUCACCUCCUCCUCUUCUUCCUGCAAUUCCUCAUCCUCCAAUUUCUCCACAGCUGAGCUGCACUACUCCUCCCACCCCCUGUCUGGCCGCCGAAGCAGCACACACGGCAACGGACGCAUCUGAGACCCACCUGCCCACCACCCCACCACCCGGGUCCAACACACUGCCAAAGAUGAAAAGGGAUUGAAAAUAGUAAUUACAGAGGAUAGCAGACAGAAAAAGAAAAGAAAAACCUGGACCUGGGUGUGUAAAGCAAUAGAUUAGACUGGAGGAUUUUCUCUAUGCUAGAGUGUAUUCCUGUAUACAGUGCAGUAAAUGUGUAGACUAAAGCCUUACGGUGAGUCCAGCCUGCAGAGAGGCUCCUCAUGAAUGUCUGCCGGUGGAAGAAAGACGUUAAACACAGGAACUUAAUUUUCUGACAGCUUAAAUCAGCAUUUAAAAAUCAACAGUUUCUUCCUCAUUAAUGAGGAAAUCAGAGACAACUUAGUAGUUUGUGACACUGGAGCCCCUGAUGAUGACCGUCAUAUUACUGGUGUUUCGUUUCAGAGGUGAAGUUUUGGAAAGGAGCGAAUGUAGAGCUGUUAGUUUGGCCUGUCCCUUGGGAAGGCAGCAAAAUUGCCUGUGUGUGUUGGAAAUGGUGGAAAGGUGCAAUAACAGACUGAGAAAACCUCACAGGUGGAGAGUUGCUGAUUAUGUUAGCCUAGAAUUUUAGUAUUUUAGACGUAGCUGCAGAAAUGUUUGCAGCUGCUUAAUAUUUAAAAGGAAAACUGAGGUUUAAUCCAGUUAGGAUAACCACCGAUCAAGUAGAGUAUAUACUAACAUGACUGACAGUUAGUGUUGUGAUCACUAACCUCUGUCCUUUCACCUGAAUAGUGGAAGUAUCCUUUUUCUGACUCGUUCUCCUUAAAAAGCAUAGCAGCGUCUGCCUAAUUUCUUCACAGCUUUCGAACAAAAUGAGCUUCAGAUGGAGAAAAAGGAUCUUAUCUCAAAUAUGAAGGCUUAUUAAUGAGGUUUGAGAGUUUGGAAAGGUUGCAGGUCAAAUCAAUCCAGCCAUUUGUGUAAUGUAUCGCUUCUUUCCAGACUGCAAUCUCUUAACCUCUGUAGGCCUUGUCUGGCCUGUUUGAGGAUUAAUGCACUUACUAGAUGCCCUUGUAACUCCGAGUACACUCACACAUUUCCCCUUCUGGUUUGUGCAAAGAAAGCACCAGAAGCUUGCACACACACACACACACACACACAGGUUCUUAUUAUCUCCACGCAAUGGCCUGUGGGGCUGUUGGCAUUUGUUGUUUGUUAGUGUGGUAAUUGGAGAGGAUGUGUAUGUAGUACUGCAUGUCUGCUGUGUGGAUCUUGUUACCGCCUCACUAUGCUGACAUGUGGUGUAAUGAAAGCUCAGAGUCUGUGGAGGAAGAGCGGCUUCCUGCAGUUUGGAUGAAGUUGACUACACUGGUGUAGCAAUAAUUUCAACUAAAGUAAUACACAAAGACUGUAUAACUCAACAAUAGAAUGAACUGUGCAACUCAGUCAUAAAAGAAAUCAACUAAAACACAUAUGAUAUGAUGUGUGGCAGGGGCUGCUCAUGGUUGUGUCAGUGAUGGUGUUCUUCUGUGUCUCUGAGCAUUAACGUGUGCUUCUUUUUAACACAGGGAAACUUGUUCUUAAACUCUGCUGUUAUAUCUGUCUCUGGUAAUGCUGGGUUUUAACCAAACUGCAUAGAAGUGAGGCUCAGCAGCACGUGGGACCAAUCUAGCAUGACUCCAGAAACUCUCAGCUCAAGCUUUUUACGGGUGACAUGUCUUAAAGUGGGCCUGUUCCACUCCAGAACUCUAGUAGAGUGGCUUUCGUGAUUUAUGGUAAAUAAAAAUAAUCCUUAUUUGUCUUAUAAAGUUGUUUUACUUCUUCUGACCAGCUGCCCUUUGCAGAUUUGGGGCUUCUCUGCUCAAAGAGCUGUGUGCCUCAAAUGACCAUAUUAGGUAAAUCCUGUCCUGUCUGAUAGCCUGUCAUACAGAGCCAAGAGUAGAAAAACUGUGUGAAACAGAGCAGUUAGAAGCAAACGCUUACUCACUCAUUUGAAUAUUUGGCCACGUUUAAUAAGAGCAGCCACCGCUGGGACCAUAAUGACAGAAAAUAGGUACCUUUCCAAACAAUACUGUUUUCUUAAUUUUGUUUGAGAUACAAUAAAAAUCACAUCUUAGUUCUGCUGGAUUGACUUGUGAUUGUAAUCCAGUGCCGACCAAUUUAAAUUCCACCUCCGUGUUUGAAGGAGGAGGCAUCUUAACCUAACUUAGGACUAAAAGACAUUUUGAAUGUUUCUUUUGCCCUUUCAGGAGAGCAGGUACGUGGGCCACGGCUAAAUAUUGGAGCUUAACAGCCAGUGGCAUUUUUAGAGUAGACAAGAUAUAAUGAGAAGCACAGGGUUUACUAACUGACUUAGUCCUGUGCAGACGUGUAUGUGCAAAGCUACUGUAUCUUCUGAAUGAGUCUGCCGUGUUUUGUAAUAACCUCCUUCUUACCCCCUACUUCUCUCCAUCCUCUUGUUCCUGCUGCACUUCCCGAGACUCCAGGUGGGCAGUGACAGAGCUGGUGUACUGAGUCAUAGCCACAGGAGGAAGCUGACCUAAUAACAUUUCCAUGUUUUUCUUUUGGUGUGUGUGAGUCUGUGCGUGCCUGUGAAAGGGCUUCACAAAGUAGAAAACAAAUAAUUGCGAGAGAGCAAAGGUUGCAGAAUAGAAGAAGUGUCUGAUAUUGGCUGCAUGUGUGGGUCGGUGGGCACACCUGCAGAGCUUCGUAAUUGGCUGGGAGCAGUAGACGUGGUGACAGCGCCUGCUGUUUGGGUCUAUUAAUAACACUCUGACUCACUGGAGGAUUCAAGAUGUGAGUUUGUGCUGGAGCGCUUAUGUUUGUCACCAUACAACGGUGCCCUAAUUCCUGACCCGAUGAUGCUGGUUUUCGGUCGCUGGUGUUUCGGGUCCUCUGUGGAGGAUUACUGCCCCCAAGAGGCAAGUUUGUAAAUGCUUUCAUAGGGUCAUAGGAGGUGUUGACUGCCUAGAGCUCUCCAGGACUGCAGGGAGGAUCUCUCUGCAUUAAUGGUCUGUGAGCUGCAGGUAAACAAACCACAGAACUAGCUUUUCUGUGUUAAGUUAAGCUUAUCCUUGGAAUAACUCAUCAUGUGAAAAAGUAUUAACAUCCCACGGAAAUUGUUUUUUUUAUAUAUAUAUAUUUGGACAAGUAAACACUAGAUGAGCUUUGAAACAGUGCCUAAAGGCGGGGUGUGAGGAAAAACACAGGGUUUAAAAACGUAUUAGGCUGUUUGCUGAUGAGUUUGUGCACAGAUGUUACUGUCUUAGAGGACUCCACGGUGAAAAUUAACGCUUUUUAUUCAACAUAAAGUAUGUAAACCUGCAGGUACUUCGCUACUCUGUGCACAAAACACUUUUGUCUGCUAGCUCAUUCCAUAACCCUCCAUUCCUUCUUUUUUAACCACCCCCUGUUGAUUUUCUAGUCUUUACAUCAUCACCUCAUCAAAAGGGCCUCGCAUACAUUCCAAUCAGUCUCUGAUCUCACACAUAAUUAAUAGCUGAAUCAGUGUCUGGAAUCGACAGUCCCUAAGGUAGUGAAGCAACCCCAAACCGAUUAUUUCCACCUCCAUAGUUCUCAUGAGGUUCUUCUUCCGAAGCUGCCUUUGGUCAUUCCUGAUAUAAUGACUGAGCAACUCAGCCCGUUUUUUUCCGAGCUUCUUUUUCAAACAUUAAACACUUUUUGUGGCACCGUUAGUUGCAAGACUUAAAAUCCUGGUUUGUCUUUGCAUCAAAUGGUGUAUAUAAUAUCAUAUCAUAUAAGUUGGAAAACAUAUGAAAUCAAUUGCCAGAUUUGUAGACAUUCACAACUCUGAGUAUGAUGGCAAAGUCUUCAGGAGCAAAGAGAACAGCAGAACGAUAAAAAUGGGAGCUCCUAAUGUUAUGGACAUUAAGUUUUCUAUGAUGGAACUCACAAAAAACAAAAAGAAAAUAAUAAUUUUAAGUUUUACUUCUUUUAAAAUAGGCCCUGUAUUAUUAUUUGUACUGUUUCGCCUUCAAAUGUUUGCUUGUCCAAAUAUAUCAAGAAACUUUUAUGAAGAUCAUAAGCUUUUCUGUGACGUAAUGAGUUUUAUGCUUUAUUUAUAAAGCUCGUGAUCACUGAGCUGAUGCAUCGAACAAAGGCAGUAUGUAAGCCAAGAAAAAUGGCUGCUUGAUCUUCUUUUUGGAAUUCGACCUCUGUGGCGUGUCAGGAAUCUGCACCUGAACCCAAACGUGUAGCUGGAUGAAUCAAAAGAACCAGAUCUUUGUUUCUUUUUCUCACUUGAUCAAACCCAUUUACAUCUACAACACCAAAACAUAUGAGAAAUGUUCCAAUGAAUGUCCUUUAAUACCUUCCAGGCAGCUAUUGCUUUCAUUUGGUAUCUGUAUGGUAUGAAAGUCAGCUUCCAGGUUAAACCAGUUCAGUGAACAUCCUGCUCAGGUUUAUUUUAUCAGUGAUAUUAUUCUACAGAUGCAAGCAGACAGAAAACGAGCAAUAUUUUUAUCAACACAACAGAGAAAGUUCCCUUUCUUAAAACCCUAUUUGUUCAAGAAGCUACCAAACCAACAUCACUACGUACAUUGUGAUUAAUGUGAUCAGUGCAACACUGUGCAACAAUCAAAACCAUCUUGGGACUUCUCAGUAGCACACGGUUUUCUCACAAAAAUAUUUUCUUUUUUGUUAAAGGUACUUAACAAGUACUUUGUUAUUUAAAAUUUUUUUUCAAAAAAUAACCAAAGCUUUGAGCAGAUUUUAAAGAAACAACCUUUCAGUCUUUAACCAUCUAUUACUGUUGUGUUUACCCGCUGGUAAAAUGCUCCCACCUGCUGGUGAAAGCUUGAAGUACAUUUAGAAGGGGCUAAUUAAAAAAAACUAAAUUGUGCUUUUGUUGCGCACAAGUUAAUAAAGCUGAGCAUGUCGUUCACUGUAGUUUGUUUCAAGCAAGGGGGAGGUCAGUCAUGAAGAUCUGUAGUCUCUGAAUUCAGCUCGCAGAAAGAGUGGCAUUAUCCUGGGAAGAAAAGCAAACCAACACAAACGCAGGGUUCAGCUAAUCCAGCACUCGUACGCUUUGUCUUCACGUCACCUCGUGUGAUGAUGGCCAAUGUCAGAUGUUUUGCAGUAUUAAAACUUCAGUGUUUACCUCUGCCAAAGUUACUGCAGUCACCAUUCAGUACAAUGCUUUACAUUCAGUGCAUUGCAUCCCAUUGGUAACCCACUUCUGCUCCCGGAUCCUUGAAGCUAUUUCCCUUUAUGACUUCAAAAGUGGGAACACAUCCACGGAAAGAUUUCUCUCUCACUGUGAUUCAAUAUUUAAGCAGAAUUCUGGUUUGUUUCAGAUAUUUCCCAUUAUUGUGCCAAUUGCUGCUCCAUGAAUCGUGCUUACUCUGCCCUCCCCUCCACUGUAAUGAUUCAGUACAAAACAAUAUCAACAAAAAGUGUUCUUACUUGAGUCUGUCUGAUUGAAACACAAUAAUGGGAAAUAUGCAAGGUUAAAAUAAGCCACCAUUCACCCAUAAGGUGUCAGUUUGAGGUGUGGGAGUGGUAGACUAGCCAUGUAAAAGAUGGGUACUGCAAUGUACCUGUUAAUCCAUGUGUCUUAACUUAAAGCUAACCCUCCCUGUACUCUUCAGCGUGUGUGAUGCUACCAGUGGUCAAAUAGCGCUUAACGUUCAUGUGAAUAAUCGGAGAGUUGUUUAUACCUGCCGUAGUGACGUGGACAAACAUGUGAAACACUUGGAAAUGUGUAAAGGUGUUUUAGGUUUUGUAGGCUAAUAUCUGUGGCAUCUACAAUGUGUGUAUUGGCCUGUAUCUGCACCACUGACCUUUUAAACCAGUGCAGUUCCCUCAACUGUUCUCAUAGUCCAUUGUAUGUUUUUGUAAAGCUGACAGGAGAAAUAAAGACCAAAAGAAGAAAAAAUAUUUAUUGAAGUGUGUUUUAAAGCUAUAAAUAUAUAUAAUUAAUUAAAUGGACCUUGCUUUUAUUUUGAAAAGCUACUGUGUUUUCUAUCUGACUAAUAAUCAAAUAUAACAGUAUGUAUCCCAGCUAAAUAAAGACUUCUUUUCCUGACCAAA